AUGGCGGAAUCUACGAUAUAUACCCUCGGGAGUAUGGCGAAUUCUGUAAAUGCCAUCCAACCCCUAGAUGGCUUUAUAAGCUAUUCAAUCGAGUUUUCGUCAUUCCCUGAUUUUGCCGGCAACAAGUCCAUCCCCAACGACUUCUCAAACAACUUACUAGAUAACCUCGGUGCAUUUUCCGGAAUAAAGCCGUAUAUACGGGUUGGCGGAAACACGCAAGACUAUGCCAUAUAUAACUCGGAGCUAACUAUUGCACUCAACGGUACUUACCCCUCGAAGACUGCAGACUACCCGACUAUCGUCGAGAUUGGGCCAUCGUACUUUGAGUCGUACAGCACAUGGCCGAAUGUCAAAUUUUCACAUGGCUUCAAUCUGGGCGGGAACCACGACGACAGGCAGUGGGAGACGCUCCUGCAGACUGUGCCGCUGGCUUGUAAAGCCCUAGGCAAGGAUAAACUAUACUUGUGGGAGUACGGGAACGAGCCUGAUCUCUUCUCCUCGGGGGUUAGGGCAUCUAAUUAUAACGAGUCGGAAUACGUAGCAGAGUGGCUCAAUGGAACGAGAGCUAUUAGGAGUGUGCUGGAAACGAGUUGUCCGGACCUCCUUGACAAUGAUACAUACGGAUAUCUAGCUCCGUCGUUUGCCGGUACUGGGAACCAUCUAAGGGCGCCUCGGACCUGGGCUGCCGGCAUCGACGCGGACGGUGAUAUCAAGCUCUUCUCUUCUCAUAAGUACCUACUCACCCACCUAUUCUCCUUUGCUCUUACAUCUCCCACUCACAUCCAAAAUAGCUACAUAUCCGGCGCCGAGAGCCUAGGCGUCACGCUCCAAGGUACUCUAAUGAACCAUACAAGGACAGCCCUCAGCGUCGACUCCCAUACAGCCGAGAACGCAACAAUGAAACCAGGAAUUCCGUAUAUCCUCGGCGAGACUAACUCCCUAUACCACCAAGGACGUCCCGGGCUAUCGAACUCGUUCGGCGCCGCACUCUGGGCCGUCGAUUUCGCGCUCUACAGCGCCGCGGUGGGAAUAGGCCGUGUGCAUUUCCACAUGGGCACCGACUUCCGCUACGCCUCGUGGCAACCCAUCGGCACCAGCAAAACCGCCAUCGGCACCAAGCCCCCGUACUAUGGCAACGUCGCCGCCGCCGCAUUCCUCGGCUCCGCCGGAACCCGCAUCGCGCCCGUCGCCCCGACAUCCGACGCCGGCACCGCCGACGCCGGCACCGACGUCGCGUACGCGGCGUACGCGCCCGACGGCGCGCUGGCCCGGAUCCUAGUGCUGAACCUGCGCGCGUACAACUACACGCUCAACGGCACCGGGGGCGCGGAACUAAACCCGGCUCCGAGGCCGCUGAGGACGUAUCGGUUCGCGGGCUUGGAUGCGGGGGGCGGAGAGGUCGUGGUAAGGCGGUUGCAUGCGAAUGGCAGCGAUGCGAUUACGGGGAUUACGUGGGAUGGCUGGAGUUAUAACUACGAGUUGGACCGGGGGAAGCCGGUUAGGCUGGGGAAUGUGACUGUUGGGGAGAAGAUAGGGGUUGUGGAUGGGGCUGUUGAGGUGCGGGUUGCGGAUUCGGAGGCUGUGGUUUUGGAUUUUGGGGGUGAGGGUUAUUGAAGAUGAGUGAGUUGGAUAGGAUUGUUGCUGUUGUUGAUGGGCAGACAUAUUUACGAUCUGUAGAUUGAAGUUGGUGAUGGCUCCUUUUCCCUCUGACUAACACGUGCAUUUACUUCAUACUAUCAUACUAUCAUAGCUACAAUGCAAUAAGCGAGGGAUAAAUACACGAUGUAGGUCAUAUGUUUUACUCCCAAAAUUCACAUGCUAGACUCAUACGAAGAGUAUACAUAUACGUCUGUCUCUAAGUCUACUUCAAAGUACUACCUCCCACCAGGGUACAUAACAGGACAAGGUAGUAACGCUGCAACAGCCGAUGGAUGAGGUCAGAGAAGGCAUACGGCGCGUUUACGAUGAUCGUUGAAUUCUCAGACUAGAAAAGCUCUUGACAUCGAUAGGAGAAAGUGC